AUGGCUACACAGGAACUCAUAUGUCAAAAUACUUUCUUCGACGACAUUUUCCCUAACGAAACAUUAAUAGUUUGGUCAGAAUCGGAUACGUGUGACUUGGCGCUAUCGUUUCAAGAUAAGACAGGAUGUGAGGAUAUUUGGGAAAAAAUUUGCCAAGUACAGGGUCGUGAUCCGGAACAGCAUCCUGAUUUCACAGGAAACUACGAAGAUCUGGAUGAUUCAGAAGGUCUGGAUUCCGCAGGACAAGGAUAUAGUGGACAGCGAUCGGCUACGGGAGCUACGAUAACUCUUCCACCAUGUGAAGUAAAUUCAUUAGCCGAUAUCGAGGUCAUGAUUUCGAAUAGCUUUGGAUCAGCAGCUCUUCGAGAAAAACUGGCGAUAGCCAUUGAAAAUCAAGGGUAUGUUGCAAAACUCUGCGAUGUUUUCCAUAUGUGUGAAGAUUUGGAGCAUAUUGAUGCGCUGCAUACAUUGCAUCAAAUUGCGCGCAGUUUAUUCAUGCUUAAUCGCAAUACUCUUCUCGAAAUUUUACUUAGUGAAAAGUAUUUCAAAGAUAUUGUUGGGAUGUUAGAGUAUGAUCCGGCUGAACCUAAACCACGAAAGCAUCGUGAAUUCUUAUUCCAAAAGGCCAGAUUUCGAGAAGUAUUGCCCAUUCACAAUGAUGAAUUACGCCAAAAAAUACAUCAGACUUACAGAGUUCAAUAUGUUCAGGAUAUCUGUUUACCAGCACCUUCUCUAUUUGAAGAAAAUUUAUUGUCCGUUCUGAAUAGCUAUUUAUUCUUCAAUCGAGUGGAUAUUGUUAGUUUGUUGCAGGACGAUAAGCAACUUUUGAAGGAUUUAUUCGAUCAGUUAAAAAAUCCUGCAACAACAACUGAAAGGCGGAAGGAUCUAACUAUGUUUUUGAAGGAAUUCUGUUCUUUUUCAACAUCACUGCAGCCAAAUGGACCGCAAGGGCGUGAAAACUUUUAUAAAACGUUAAUGCAAAAUGACGUGCUAGCAGCGAUAGAACCAUGUAUAACAAGUAAAGAUAUACAAACGCGAGCAACAACUGUUGAAAUGUUCGUGAUGAUUGUUGAAUUUAAUCCGCAGACUGCACGGGAUUAUCUUCUUCAACAAGGUCGUGGAUUUGGCGAAUCUAAGAACAAUCAGUUGCUACUUAAUAAAUUGAUUGAUCACAUGUUAACGGAUCGUGAUCCAGAAUUGACGUCAGCUUAUACAAUGGUUAAAGUAAUGCAGUCGUUACUGGAUCCAGAUAACAUGAUUACGGCACCAAAUAUGAAAUCGGAAAGACAUGAAUUUUUAACUUUCUUUUACCGGCGAUCUAUGGAAACUUUGUGUCGACCGCUGUAUGCAAAUACUGAGAAUGAUGCAUUAAAAAAGGAUAAUUAUCACUGUGCAAAUCAGCAAGCAAUGAUCAUCGAUAUCCUUUGCUUCUGCUUCGAACAUCAUGCGGUGCAUAUGCGAAAUUAUUGCAUUAGCAACAAAUUGCUGAACCGUGUACUUGUUCUUGUGAAGAGCAAACAUCAUUUUCUUUCUUUGAGUGCAUUGCGCCUAUUUCGACGGGUUGUCCAAUUGAAGGAUGAGUUUUAUUAUCGGUAUACAGUAAGGGAUGAUGUCAUGCGGUCUAUCGUUGAUUGUUUCAGAAAAAAUGGCCACCGAUACAACCUUCUAAAUUCUGCAAUAAUUGAACUUUUCGAAUUCAUUAAAAUGGAAGAUAUUAAGCCUCUGAUUGUUUAUGUUGUCGAAAAUUUCAGUAAGGAUUUUGAAGACGUUACAUACGUAACGACGUUUAAGUCACUGCGCUUGAAAUAUGAACAAAUGAGAGAUCGUGAAGGUCGCAAAAUGGAGGACUCAUCACCUACCGAUUCUUUAAUUUCCGUUGAAGCUAAUUUGCCGGCACAGUGGAAAAUGGAACGUCAGGCUGAUGCGGAUGAGCAGUGGUUUAAUGAUGACGACUCAGAGAACGCAUCACCAGCAGGAGAUUGGGAUCCCAACAAGCAAGGCAAAGAACUAGGAACAACUUUAGUAUCUCAAUCUGCACUGCUUGAUGUUUCUCCUUCUUCUUCUGCUGCGUCUAUUGCUAAGGAGGAUGAGUCGUUAGAGAAAAGUAUAACAACGAGAAAAAUGGGCAUUGAACCCCUUCUUCCUAAUUUACUGAAGCGUAAAGUAGAAGAUGAAUCGGAUGCUGUUUUUCCAACUCAAAUUAAUACUCCGCUUAAAACUCACAUUGCACCUCGAAUUAUCAUCAAGGUAAAUACCGAUAAACAGAGCCCUUCGUUAUCCUUAUCUCCUCAACCAACAUGCAAUUCUCCGCCGGGUGAUCCAGUUGUUUCAUCCACCGAAACUGCCAAUUCUCCAUCAAGCUCUACCUCGUCUCUUAUUGCGUCGUCUGCAAGUGUUGUAACCGUUCUUGCCAAAAAGCCGCUGGUGGAAUACGACGAAAGCGACAGCGAUGAGGAAGACGAAACCACGGAUUCUGGAUCAACGGGAGAUUCACUUCCUUCAAGCUCGAGUUCAUUUGGUCGGCCUUCCUCAAAUCUUAGCAGCCAGUCAUCUAGUGACGAUCAAGAUGAUGUAAGCAGCACAUCGGGCGAUCAUGAACCCUUUCCAGUUUCUGUUGAUGAUAUCAAAAAAGAUGAGAAUCAGAAAGAUCAAAACAUGUCACGAAAAAGAUCCUCCGAAUCAAUGCUAACUGGAGAAGCAAUAGGAGAGCAGCUUGUUAACGAAGACAAUGUCUCUGAUGAUGAAAUCUCUACGAAAAGACUGAGGUUGCAUGGUGAGGAAAAUUUUGAAGCAGAAGCAGUAAGACCGACUGAGGAGUCAGCUUUUAAGUGA